AUUUCCGCGCAGUUGGCACUUCUGAUUCAGUUUGUCGAAAAAGGUUAUGGCGUACGUCAGUGAGAAUGUUUGUCAGUGAAAAUGUUGAUUUUAACGUAAUUCGGCUGUGAAAUCGUUGAAAAUGCGCGAAAAGGCGGAAAAAAUGCGGCCCAAGCCGUCGAAACGAGUGGCCGGAAUGAUAAUUCGCUCAAGGAAUAUAGUUGUAAAAGACGGAGUUGUCACUACGUCAGGGAUUGGUCGCCCCAGCCUCUACCACGCCUUGGUGGUGAUAUUCUUGGAGUUUUUCGCGUGGGGUCUUUUAACUAUGCCCUUAAUCCAAGUUUUGAACAACACAUUCCCAGAACAAACGUUUUUAAUGAACGGGUUGAUAAUGGGAAUAAAGGGGAUUUUGUCUUUCCUUAGUGCGCCGCUAGUGGGCGCGCUUAGCGACGUGUGCGGGCGCAAGUUGUUCCUGUUGGUGACAGUUUUUUUCACAUGUCUCCCGAUCCCGCUAAUGACAAUAAACACCUUUUGGUUUUUCGCUAUGAUAAGUAUAUCAGGAGUGUUUGCCGUCACUUUCAGUGUUGUUUUCGCCUACGUUGCCGAUGUUACCGACGAAAAGGAACGCUCGCUAGCCUACGGAUUGGUGACGGGAACCUUCGCAGCCAGUUUGGUGAUAUCACCAUCCUUGGGAGCUUAUUUAAUGGAGAGGUGGUCGGUAAACCUGGUGGUGGCUCUGGCCACCGCGGUGGCCAUCUUGGACGUGUUCUUCAUCCUGGUGGCCGUGCCCGAGUCUCUGUCCGAAAAGGUGCGAGUUUCGCCCAUCAGCUGGGAGCAGGCCGAUCCUUUUGCGGCCCUGCGCAACGUGGGUCAAGACUCCACCAUAUUGCUGCUCUGCAUAGCUGUUUUUCUCAGUUAUUUACCCGAAGCUGGGCAGUACAGCUGCAUCUUCGUUUACCUGAAGAUAGUGAUGGGUUGGAGCGCCCCACUAGUCGCGGUUUUCGUGGGACUGGUGGGACUGAUGGCUGUCAUAGCGCAGCUUUGUUUGGGUAUUUUGAUAAAAAACCUGGGAGCAAAGCACACCAUAAUGCUAGGGUUGCUCUUCGAGAUGCUCCAACUUUUGUGGUACGGCUUUGGAACGACGACAUGGAUGAUGUGGGGGGCGGGAAUAUUGGCCUCGAUGAGUUCCAUAACUUACCCCGCCAUUUCCGCUUUUGUAUCGGUCCACACGACGGCCGACAGGCAGGGGGUCGUACAAGGCAUGGUCACCGGAAUGAGGGGUCUCUGUAACGGACUUGGUCCUGCAAUGUACGGUUUGAUUUUCUACAUGUUCCACGUGGACCUCAACGAAAACGAUACGCAGCAAAAUGCCACGCAUUCCACCCAACCCCCUAACAUAUUCACAGCUUGUGCCUGGCCCACCAUUUGUUUUGGUGCUUUUCUAGUUGUAGGUGCGCUGAUUGUAGCUUCAUUCAUCCCUUCAAAGACCCGUGUAGAAACAAGUAUUCCCCUGGACACCCACUACGAAAUGGAACGGGGUCAUAAGGUUGCAGGGACCCUCAGCCCCCUGAUUCCAAGCAGUAGAAACAGUAUUGACACCGCCAUACUCUAAGCGCUUCAUUUAGGGACCCCAAAGCAAAAAAUAAACACCCCAAACGGGGUAAAUUUUUGAAUUAAUUUAAGUGAAUAUUGCCGGCGCAUACCAACUUAUUUCAAGAUGCCUGAUGCAAUAAAGAGAGAGAAUAUUUUUUAAGAAUAAUUUUUAUUAUUAUAUUAUAGGAGGUUUGUAAAUAGCAAUGAUGCUUUUUAUUACAUUAUAAAAGUGCAGAAAUGAUUUUUAAUAAUCGGGUUUUUCGAUUUGUGAAAUUAAAAUUUUGAAAAAAGUUCGUAUCCCUAAAUAAGCAUAAAAAAUUUUUUUGGAGUCAUAUCAGGUAUUUUUACAAUUCACCAGAAAAACUGCCAUAAUUUUUGACAUUUUGGCGGUGAAAGUUUAUAAUUUUCUUAGUAGGAUUUUCGGUAAUUUUUUAAUUUUUGAUGCGGUAAUUUAGUAAUUUUUACAUUUAAAUGACCCCCAAGUUUCUCUAUAAUUUAAUUUAUUUUAUUGGUUGUACAAAUAAUUCUUAAGAAGUAAAUUUUUCGGCAAUGCACAUGUUUUUUUUCCAAGACUGAUUUUGUAUGAUUUUUUCCACAAAAAAAUAAUUUUGUCGUAAAAAUUAUAUUUAUGCAUUUUAUACUGUACAUUUUUCACGUGUCGUCCCUUAUACUACUAAUUUAUUUUAAUUUAAUAUCGAAAAAUGUAUAGUUCAUUCCAUGUGUAUUGCCCACUACUUUUUUAUUCAUUUAUAUAUCAUUUUUAUGGAACUGAGUAAAAAAGUAUUAAAAUUUUGAAACAUAUCUUUUUUGUUUGUGAUAUUUUUUAAUUAAAUGCAGUUUCAGAAAAAGUAUAUGGGGCAUUCCAUAGUUUUUCUACCCUAUCAGAAUUUUUUCAAUUUUUUUUUUGAAAAAUUGACUUUUCCAAAAUUUGUUUUUUUCGCUUGAAAAAAAAAAUAAAAACUAAUAAAAAAAAAUUAAAAUGACAAAUCGGUCUGAAUAAUAACAUAAAAACAAAAAUUUUGAAAAAAACGAACAAGUCAAUUUUUGAAAAAGUUAUAAAAUAAACAAUUUUUAAGUUCAUUUAAAAAGUUUAAGCCAGAUUUGGGAUGGAAUGUCCCAUAUGAAUUUUUUUUCUUAUAAAAAAUAGAUUCCCCAAUCUGUUUACUAAAUUUUACUUUCCUGAAUUUUUUUGGAUAUCUUGCAUUAUUUAAAAGAUAUAAAAGAAAUAAGUCAGUGACAUAAUUUAAAAAAAAACUUUUAAAUAAAGCAAGAUAUUAAAAAAACCCAAAGAAAAAAAGUUUUGUAAAUAGAACAAGGAAUCUAAUUUAAUACAUUUUUACACUUUUUCUGAAAAACUGAAAAUUGUUCUUGUUAAACGGUUUUCCAGAUUCUUUGUGUUUUUUGCCAUUUAAAUGUUAAGAAAAUGCAAUAAUAAUAAAGCUUAAAUUUCUCGUCAUUUUUACAACAAAAUAAAAAUUGUUAAUGAUUUUUAGAAUAUGUUUAUUAUUUUUUUAAAUUUGGUGAUUAACUUAAUUUUUUAAUUUUGACAAAGACAUAUUUAUAAUGAAAAGUAUUUUAGCUAUUAGAGAAUUUAAAGUGUAAAAUAUAA